UCUUUGGAAUGUUGUUCAUGAAAAUAUACCCAUUAAAGUUUGUGUGAAUAUGUCUAAACUCUAUGUAAGAAAGUAAAAUACACUCACUUUAUAUACUACUUUUAGAAAUCCAAGCUCAAACUCAUCAACUAUUUAUACCUUUCAAAUUCCUCAAAACACUCUCUAAAUUCUUCCUCGUCCAUCUCCAUUUCUCUCUAUUCCAACUACAGUUUCUUUCGAUACCUUAUAACUCACUCAGAACCCCUUCUUUUCUCAGGCACGUUCAAAAAAAAAUCUAGUGAAUUCAUUUUCUUAAUGUCUACAUCAACAAGAAGAUUGCUUUCCGGCGUGGCAGCGGCGGCACCGCCACCAGAACCUCUUGCAACUGAUUCUGAUUUAGUAAUCAUACUAGCUGCUCUAUUAUGUGCCCUGAUUUGUGUGGUUGGUUUAUUCGCUGUGGCUCGUUGCGCUUGGUCACGGAGGAAUCAUUCUACUACACUGGUUCCUCAGCUACUCCCGGCUGCUAACAAUGGUUUGAAAAAGAAGAUCAUUCAGCAACUUCCUAAAAUCAUUUUUGGUGCAGGAAGUGCUAUCAGUGGAAAUUUGGCCGAUUGUGUUAUCUGUUUAACUGAAUUCGUUGAUGGGGAUGAGAUUAGAGUUCUUCCUCAGUGUGGGCAUGGAUUUCAUGUCGGCUGUAUCGACACGUGGCUUGGUUCUCAUUCUUCGUGUCCGUCCUGCCGUCAGAUAUUUAUUUCCCCUACUCCGAGGUGUCAAAAGUGCGGUGGAGUCCCGGCAAGAUCGGAUGAAACUGGUGCCGACUUGGAAGUUGGACUCAAGAGUAGUACUACCACUGUUACUCAAUCUCAGGAACAUAGGUUUCUGCCUUGAUUGAUUAGAAGAAAUACUGUAUUUCUUAAUUAGUUAGAUAUUUUUGGCUUUAAGCCUUUAACCUUUAUAUGUCAAAAGUGUAUUAUUCUGGUUUUUUGUUUAAUACUACUUGGCAGUGCAAUAUUUUAUUCA